AUGAUGAAGGUCCUGAUGAAGGCCUCGUUUCCUGCAGAUUCGUGGGAGAUGCUGGACACUGAGACGUGCUCCAACAUCCUUCAUUCGCGGUUUAUCUCACGCCUACACGUUAGUUCUAAUCAGUACCGAAGACCACUAGAAGCGAGUCACAGAUUAUUUCCUUGGGAUUUUUAUUUACUUAUAAUUUUCAUCUCCAUGGCGGUAAUGGGUGAUCAAGUGCAGCAGAGCCCAGAACCACGUGAUGGCGAGGAAUCACCACCACCUCCACCUGAGGCCUUUCCAAGUGGGUAUCACGAUUAUGAAAAUUUCUCCUUAGAAGUACUGACUUUGAAAAGUCCUAGGCUGACCUUCUUAUUAGGUGUUCCUCCUCUUCUUCUAAUCCAACGGCGUUCACGACUUCGAGAAGCUGAACGAUGAUUUACUGGGCACGGAGAUCGUACAACUACAACAGAACUUAUGACGUAGACGUUUACUUUCUUAGCUUAUAGUUGUAUUUAGCAGCUUGAAUGAUAUGUCAAGAGGACGAAAAGUGUGCUGAGUGAUGCAGUUGGAAACUAGCCAAUUUUUAGUCGCCCACGCACAUCUUAUUUACUACCCUAUGAAAAACAGACACUUCACGUCAUUUUCCGGGACGGAUCACAAGACGAUCUUUUCCUCAAUUUGCACAUUGGCCACGACGUAGCACGCGCCAAGCAUAUGAUAGUGGAAAAGACUCAGAUCGCAUACGGAAGAAUCAAACUUUUCUUAUGGAAUCAUGAAAUUAUGUAUGUGUAUGAUGGAAACUGAGAGUACCUGUUCCAUCUAUUAGUAAUUGCUGUGGUUUAUGUAUGAUGGAAACUUUCUUGGUCUUAGAAGACUUAUGUCACUCUACUCAACGUACCUGUUUGAGUUUCAUGAAUUGAAGACGUCAUCUCUUUCUCUGUAGGCGGGUAAGCCAUACAAGUAAUGAAGCAUCAUGGAUGCUCUAGAUCUACCAUCUUCUUUGACUAAACCCUCUAAUCUCAACCCAAGACGAUGGCAAGCUCAUGAUGGAUCCAUUAUCUUUGAGCGAUAUACCUGUCAUCGACGAAUGUGCAGGUGGCAUAUGCAAAGUGGAGGCAGAGGUGGCGCCAGAGGGGUGACCGUGCUGAGGUAGUCGUGGACGAUGGAGACCCACACACAAACAUCAACAUGAGACCUACUAACCCAACAAGACUGCUGUACAACAUGAUAACUCCUGCAAAUUCUCUGAUGGCAAAGUCCCACAACAGUUCCUACCUGUGAUCGUAGAAGAUGAAAUCCUCCCACCCGCCUUUACAGAUACUGUUGCAUUCUCCAUGUACCACUAGUGUGGCUACGACCACCACAACACAUGAUCCAGAUGCAUGACAGGCG